AUGAACUCAUAUCCAAUUAGCAAUGAGUCCAUAUUUUCAUUCAACGGAAAUGUUAAUCUUACCAAUGAAACAACUUUUGACAACCAAAACGUUCUAAACCUAGACAACAAUGAAUCAAUUCUACCAAAUGAUUUCUAUUUACAAAACUCUGGUGAAAGUUCUUUCAUUGAUCAUAAUGAUGAAUCAUAUUUACAUACAGAUCAAUGUGAUAAUCUAUUGAAAGAUCCGGAAUGGAAUGAAAAGGACACAAUGGCUUUGAUAGAGUUGGUUGGUGCACUUGGAUUCAAUUGGAUCGAAGUUGGAAAGCGUCUUAAUAAGAAAGCCGAAGACUGUCAUAGACGAUACGAUUUGGUUAUCAAAGUGUUUGAAAGCAAGCCUAGAGAUCCAUCGAUUCAAUCGAGUAGCUCCUCUCCCAUUCAGUCUCCGUCACUCAACAGCUCUCUUCCUUCACCACCCGAGGAUUUCCAGAGCGAUGACAAGACAUUCGAUGGUAGCCGCAGGAGAAAGUCGACAACCAUGAUGGACUCAAACAUAAAGAAACGUCAUAGAAGAACUGCCUCUGAGAUCGAUCGUUCCUUCAAGUGCUAUAUCCCCACCUGCAGCAAAUCCUAUGGAACAGAAGGUGCACUGAAGAUGCAUAUCAAGUUGAAGCACCCCGGUGCCAAGAUUCCAAACUCAUAUUUAACAUCGCCAACACUCUGUGGAUCCCAGUUCUACUCACCUCGUAUGUUGACGCCAUAUUUGUCGCCACACAUGUUGGGAAUGGCCGGGGAUAUUCCAAAAGAGCUCGUAUAUAACAAUUCACAACCAAAUGGCUCAUUUAUUCCUUUGGGAGCACCUAGCAACUCUUAUCCUCAAAUUCCAAUAUAUACUAAAUCACCACGCACCAUCCUACCAAAUAAUAUUUCAACGUCUGCACCAUCCAUUCCAACACCAAUCUCCAACUCUGCAAACAACAUUCCACUAAUGCAUCAGCAACCAUCACCAGCGGCACAAGCUCAAUUACUCCAACAACAUAUCGAUCAAUCUAAUUUGCAGCAACAACUUCAGCAGCAGCAACAACAACAACAGCAACAACAACAACAAGAUAUCAAUCAAUCUCAAGUUGUUGAUACACAAUCAUCAAUGGCUAAUCCGACAGUAGCACUCCAAAACAAUCCAUCCAGUAGCGCAUCAUCACCAUCGUCACCACAAGUCUUUAAAUUUUCAGAUCUACCUGCUAUCUCCUUGAAGAUUGGAACCUGGGAAAAGGUAUCUAGUUUCUGUGGUGAUUUAGUUGCAAGAUUCUCCUACACCGAGCGCAAAUUUAUGUGGGAGGUAUUCAACAUUGGACUAUCAUUGAGAAAGAUGGAAAUAUUUUUUGAUGACAUCUCUUUGAUGGAGUUGGUUCAAUUGCCGGACGGUCGAAUCGAAAUUGGUUUCACCAUAAAGAGAUCUCCACUCUUUUUUGAGGCAAAACUUGAACAAAACACCACAAUGACAUAUAAGCCAUGCUCUGACUUUACCGGUGGUCAAGCAACAACAAACAAAAAGCACACACUCUGCUUCAUCCAGAAUGCCCUCACCAAUCCACUCGAGGCAUUGAGCGCAACCGAUCCAAAGUUCAAAAUGUUCAUUGAAUCAUCAAAGAUUAACUUUGUUGAUACUGCAACUUCAAUUAAGCAACCACAACUACAACAACAAGACCACAAUCAACAACAUCAACAACCAUAUCUUGUUAAUCUUUCACAGUCCACUCCAGUUCCAUAUCUUGAGUUGGAGCCAAACAACAAUAACAACAACAGCAUCAACAAUACUAAUAAUAACGCAUCCAACCCCUCUUCUGUUGAUGUCAAUAAUAGUACGAUUAUAUCCUCAAAUGGAUUAGAAUGCUCCCAACUUAUUAAAGAUUCGUUAUUGACACAAAAUAUUAUCGGAGUUAAUGGCGGAAUCAUUAAUCAAGCACAACAACAACAAAUUCAACAACACCCAACCCAAAUAUAUUAUAAACAGCCAAUUCCAACUCAUUCACUAUACACUCCAAUCUUCAAUAAUUCUGCUGCCGAUCUCUUACCAGAAAUAUCAAACGAACCAUUACCUCUAAAUUUCUCUGGAAAUGAAAUUCCUCAACAACAACAACAACAACAACAACAACAACAACCCCCAAUGCCAAUGUAUAGUUCGACAUCAGAUUUGAACAAAUGUUUCAAUGAUAUUGCAUUGUGUAGUCCUGUGAUUACUGGUCUCUCAACCAACCCAAUAUCAAAUAUGUCUCAAAAUCCCAACCCAAACAAUCAAGCAUUGUAA